AAGAAGGUUCAAAGAUGUUGGUUAAUUCCGCAGUGGUUAAGAACACUGAAGCUGUGAGGAGGGAGGGGAAUUAAGAAAAAAAACACUGGAGCUAGCAAUGGACAAUAACAAACUGUUAGUGGCAAAUUCUUGGAAAUAAUCAAAUAAAACUUUUUGAAAAUCUUUUUUCUAGAUGUUAUUGACAAGAUAAACAGCCAAUACCAACACAAUGGACAAGCGUGAGAAGUCUGCACUACGCAGUGCCUACCAACUGGUGGCCAAUGAACUGAUCUUGGAUGAAGACUUCUUUGCUUCUCUCAAACAGAAAAAGAUAUUCACAGACACUAUGCUGGGCAUCAUCAAGGGAGAGACGACAGAUCGUAAAAAGGUGUACAAAAUGUUGGAACUGCUGGAGAAGCGUGGACCACAAGCGUUUGAGAACUUUGUAGCCAUCUUGAAAGAGAACUAUGGUUGGCUUGCAGAGAAACUGGAGGAGGAGUAUCAGAAGAGAAUACAGAUAACUGAACAACAUGAUCAAGAGCAUCAUCUCUCCCACCCCAUACCUCCCCUCCACAGUAUCCAGUAUGAGCUCCAGCAAGCAGAUUACUCCUUCACUGACAACAGUCCCAGACCUGACACGUUCAGGCAGACAUCAGUACCCCAUGGAGCUUCUCCAAGAUUUCAUGCACUGUGUCCACCUAAUCUUCAGAUUCCAAUAUCUGCCCACUGCAUAGAAGAUGGCCAAUUAAGAUUCUUCCCAUAUCAUUUACAUCCACACCAUGGCUUUCAAACCCAUCUAAAGACUGGUGUAGAUAAUACAGACCAUCAUGGUAAAAGUUUGGAAAAUAUUAAAUCAGGCAAAGAACAGCAGACAAACAAAGCUGAGGAAGGAAAAUACAAAGAUGCUUGCAACAGUCCAAUUGGAGAAAUAGAACUACAUGUACCAAGGAAGAUAGCUUCCGAUGCAACAGAACAAAGAAUCCCUGACAAUGAUGAGAGUAGUGCAGAAGACGAAGAGGAAGACCAAGAUUUUGAAGAGAUCAGAAGCCAAACAAGCGAAGAAGGCAGCGUGAGACUACAACUUGAAGAAAACAAAUAUUCUGAAAGCAAUUACCAGCUUGAUGCACCUGAAAAGAUCAACAAAGGACUCAAUGAUAAAAGUCCAACAAAACCAGAUGGCACAGCUCAAGUCAAUGUGACAUUGGACGAUGCUGAUGAUGAUGAAUUUCCCUCAAGUGAAGUCUUCUAUGAGAGAGCUAGAAGACCUAGCUCUUGCCAAUCCUAUUUCCAUGAUGAUAUGCAAAAAGCAGUAGGAGAAGUAAGAACUUCAAGAAUUCAAUCUGAAAUGCAGGUAAACACUAAAGAGGAUGAGAAUGAAGAUACCAUGACUAGAACAGAGAGUUCAUUCAGUCAAACUUCUGAUUACCAAGAAAUUCUUGACAGAAUGAAGACACUGUAUUUCAAGCUUGCAACUGCAAAUGCUGGAUCUGAUGACAUUGAAGAGGAUUGUGAAAAUCAAAUAACCUUUGAUAUACUUGAAGAUGAAAUUGACAGAUUGAUUGGAAAACUGUCAGAUUCUGACGACAACAAGCUAAUGCAAGAAUGCAUCACACUGUUUCCUGAGAAGGAAAGACGACAGCCAUUGAACAUCUGCAUAGAGAAUCUCCUUGAAAUGAACAAAAAUAUGCAAGAAAAGCUGAGUACAAAGAGCAAAGAAAUAGACAGAAUGGUUUAUGAUAUGUGGAAUCACCAAAAGGACAUGAAGAAUAUCGAAAAACUGAAAAAUAUAAAAGACACUCUAUCACAGGAAAACAAAGAAUUGAAAACAACAAAUCAAGAAAUUAAUUUUCGUUUAAAUGAACAACUACGCCAAGUUGUACAAAGAGACAGGAGAAUUGAAGAGCUUGAGGGUAAGAUCAGGGAACUAAAGCAGAAAAAAUCUAUGUUACUCGGCCAAAAGAGAGGUAACAUCCUUACUUCAAACAAGCGGCCCACCAUGACAAUGACCCAGGUGCCCAGAAGAAUGCCUACGGAGCCCAGAAACCCUGGAAUUCAGGCUUCAACUUCAACAAAUCAGACACCGCCACAGAGAUCGGUCAACACUGCUUUAAGACGAUCAUGCAGCACUACUAGAAGAUAAAAUAAACAUCAAAACAGAAAAACUACCAAAUGGAGGAAUGAAAGCAAGAUUUUUCUACCUGCUUCUUUAUAAAAUGACACUUGCAACUUUUAUCCCUUGAAAUAAAGUUUUAGGCAAGUUGAAAACUGAACCUGAUAAAAAAAUAUUUAUUUCUGUCACUAAAGUGCUGGAAGAGUUUAGAAUAAAAAUAUGAAAAACUACAGAAAGACGUCCAGUAGUUGAACUUUAAACAUAAACCCUGUUAAAUGGCACUGGGUCAACGCCAAGGACACUAGAUAAUUUAAUGAUCGGAAAUGAAGACAAUGCUCUUGAAUUGUUAGUAGUUAAAAAAAAGCUCUCAUCAGUACUUUAUUUGAUCUUCAUAUGCUUAAUGCUGUGCUUUAGCUGAUCUAAGUGUCACAGAUUAAUUGAUCUCUGAACUGUUCUAUCCAUACUUCAUGUGAACUCCAUUUGCUUUUGACUGUAGUUUAGUUUAUCUGAAUUUCAUGGAUUUGUUAAUCUCUGAACUCUUCUAUAUUUUCAUGUGAACUCCAUAUGCUUUUUAAGUUUAUUUAAAUGUUGCAGAUUUUAUUACCUCUGAAUAGUUCUAUACAUACAUCAUGUGAACUUCAUACGUUUUAUGCUGUUGUAAAAUUUAUCUGAAUCUCAUUGAGUUGUACAGCUCUGAAUUGUUUUAUCCAUACGUCAUAUGAACUCCAUAUGUUCUUUCCUGUAGUUAAGCUUAUUUGAAUGUCACAGAUUUGUUCAUCUGUGAACUGUCCUAACAUCUACCAUACCAGAUUAAUUCUUGUUUCUUGUUUUCACUAUUUAUAAUGUAUGAGAUGUUACUUGUAACUGUUAUUGUUGACUUUUAUUCAUUGUUGAUCAUUAAGCAUUCUGAAAGACAGUUGUUUUCUGCCUUU